AUGUGGUUAGUUCAGCACGAAUCGUUUGAAACGGUGGGAGCGAGUUUUCAUGGUCUGGAGAUAUUACUUGGGGAAGAUAAACUGGUACGAGUCAAGACUAAACUGGUUUAUCGCGACGAUUUGGUGGGCCUCCGUUUUCCAAUCCUGCUGCCUGGAGGUCAUCCAAUAGUGAGCUGCUUAAUACGUUCUAUCCAUCUUCGGUUUUGUCAUGCGGGAGUGCAGUUUGUUUUGAACAAGCUACGAAAACAAUUCUGGAUAUUACGCGGCCGUCGUGAAGCCAAAAGGAUAAUCGCCUCUUGUACCGUUUGUCGCAGAUUCAAGCAAAAGAGAGCUAAAGCUGUUCCUGGCACACUGCUUAGGGAUCGUGUUAAGGAUGCCAUGGCGUUUGAAACUACUGGAGUUGAUCUUUGCGGACCUCUGUACCUGAAAUCGGGAGAAAAAGUUUGGAUAGUUUUGUUCACCUGUGCUGUAUACAGGUGUGUGCAUCUGGAGUUGGUUACUUCGCUUUCGACUGAAGCCUUUCUAUUGGCUCUGCGGUGUUUCAUCGGACGGCGUGGACGACCAUCAACUAUAUGGAGCGACCAAGGCACUAAUUUUGUCGGUGCAAACAACUUAUUCGACUCCUUGGAUUGGAAACAAAUUAAGCGUGACACUGCUAUACAACGUAUUGCUUGGAGGUUCAAUCCAGCUUUGGCACCUUGGUGGGGCGGAUUUUGGGAACGCCUCAUUCGAACUAUUAAGGAUCUACUGAAACGGAUCUUGGGCAGAGCUCGUCUGUCUUACACGGAAUUAAUGACCUGUGUGAUCGAUGUAGAAGCGGUUAUUAAUCAGAGGCCGUUGACUUGCAUUACCGAAGAUAGUGAGGACCUGCUUCCUCUCACGCCAGCGAUGUUUCUUUGCGAGAUUUCGGAAGUGUCCGUCCCGGAUCUCGACCAAUUGGAGAAAAGCGAACUUCGUGGACGGUAUCGGCAUCUGGCCCGUGUCCGUGAGAUGUUAAAGGAGAGAUUUCGAAAGGAAUACCUGGCGGAACUUGUUCAUCGUGGGAAACUGCCGACAUCACGUCCAGUUAAACCAGGAAACGUUGUACUAAUUGGGUCGGACAAUCGUAAACGUUUGGAGUGGCCAGUAGGUAAGCUAUGGGAGUUCUACCCCAGGGGCUCCGAGGGGGGGUGA